GGUUGCACCCGCAGCAGUGGCGAUCGCGCAGCUGCGAUAUUGACCAUAAAAAAUCAACAUUUUCUCUCCGUUUCUCCUCUUUAAUCCACGGUUCUGCAGCGCCGGGUGGACCUGAGCGGACAGGAGCGGCUUCAUCCAGCACUCCACACACCGAUGGAGGCCAGUUCAGUGUCCGGUCUGUAAAAGCAGGUGAGCUUCUAGCCGGACUGUGGGGCCGCUGAGCUCGAGCCCCGCCCACUGCGACAGGAUGAGCCGGGACGCGCCCAUCCACAGCUGGCCCGGCUCCUACUACGUGAACGGCGAGAAGCGCUGGGUGAGCGGAACGCUCUCGCUGACCCGCACGGCCGUCCGCUUCACCUCGGAGCAAAGCCGCGACGCGCUGGCCAGCUUCCCCCUGUCCCGCAUCGUGGAGAUCAAGAUGGAGUCAUCCAGCUUCAUCUUCAGUGCCCUGACGGUCCUGGAGCAGGGCAACGUCAAGCACUGGUUCGGUUCCCUGCGGCCGUGCCGGGCCGCCGUCUUCCACGUCCUGGAGCACUUCUGGAGGGAGCGGCUGCUGUCGCCCAGUGAGGCCCAGGCUCAGGCUCCUCUCAGCAAGGGUCAGGAGCUCAUCAGCCUGGUGACCGGAGCCCAGCGCAGGCUGGCCGACACCGGCAAAGUGCUCAACCACCAGGGGGAGCAGUUCGACAACAUGAUGCAGGGCCUGGACAAGAUCGAGUCCGACCUGGGCGUGGCUGAUAAGCUGCUGUCAGAGUUGGAGUCUCCGCCGUGGUGGCCCUUCGGUAAGCUUCCCUGGAGGAGUCAGCAGGAGGCGAAGGCGGAGUCUGCUGCCAAAGCUCCGCCCCCCAGAGGCUCAGGGAAGGCCCAGAAAGUGAUCUGCAGUGUGCCAGCGGUUGUGGGGCGCGGCAGUGAUUCGGGAGAGUUAAAGCCGGGCUCUCUCACCCUGCUGCCCUCCGCGCUGGAGCUGAGGGACGCUAGCGGUCAGCUAAUCCACCGCUUCGAGAGGGAGGAAGUGGACGACAUCCGUGUCCACAACCCGUAUGAGAUCAGCGUCCGCCAGCGGUUCAUCGGCAAGCCCGACAUUUGCUACCGCCUGCUGUCGGCCAGGAUGGCCGAAGCCCUGUCCGUCCUGGAGGUGCAGUACAAGAAGAAGGUGGAGUUCACCAGCGAUUAUGCUGCCUUCCAGGGAUCGCCCAGCACUACGCCGGACAGCGGAGCAGCGUUCUGGGGUGCAGGUGCUCAUAGUCUGGAGACGGAGGUGCCUGUGGAGGUUCCUGCAGGAGAUCUGACGCAGGUCCAGCUGCACGUCCUGCAGCCCACAGUGACCGAGGCCGAGGCCCAGGAGCUCAAACAGAUGCUGCUGCAGUUGAAGUCUCUGGCUCUGGAGGCUGAGACGGAGCUGGAGAGGCAGGACGAAGCUCUGGAUGUUCUAACGUCCUCCAGCGAACGCGCCACCAUGAGCAUCGACAAACACACACGCAGGAUGAGGAAACUGCUGUAACACUCACAGCAUCCUGCUGCCAUAGCAACGGUUCAUGUAGAGUCUUCAUCUCUUCCUCUCCAGUCCAGACCCUCUUCCUGCUCAACACACUGCAUGGCUCAGUGCCCCCCUCCAGAGCGCCCCCUACUGAGCGAGAUGUAUAUUCCUACAGAUAACGGGAGAUUUCCUGCUGUUCCACGUGAGGUGGAUCGUUAAGCUCUGAUUGCAGAACCACACUACUGACCCCUCAGACUCAGUUCUACUCCAUUUACUUCAUUUACAUUACAGUCAUGUGUUCUGUGUGUACGACGCUGUCAGACGUUUAAACCUGUAUCGCUUUGUUUGUUGUUUGUAUGCAGGUCGAGAGCAAAAUAAACUCUAACUGACGCCUGU